UAGAUCUGAUGAUAAAUCAAAUGUCAGAGUCAUGCUAGUCCUCUGGAAUAACACAUCUCUAGUUAAAGAGCAGUUUAUAAGAUCUGACUGAGCUGCUUGGCAUCACACCAACAUGUGCUCCUCAGAAGAUGAAGUGCAAAAACUUUUUAACUAUACAUAUGGAUUUUUAGUCUCAAAGACCAUGUUUACAGCAUGUGAACUAGGAGUUUUUGAUUUACUACAUGAAGCACAGGAACCAAUUUCAGCUGUAAAAAUCGCUUCUCGCUUGGGCACCAGUGUGGAUGGGAUAAGGCAGCUGCUUGAUGCCUGUGUUGGACUGAAGCUUUUGAAAGUUGACUUACAAAGCAAUGAAGGUUAUUAUUCCAAUACAGAUGCUUCCACUGAAUACUUGGUCAAGUCCAGCCCUAGGACACUCCAUCACAUGAUGAUGUACUAUUCCAAUACCAUAUAUAUGUGCUGUCACUUCUUACCACAAGCUGUAAGAGAAGGAAAACAUCAGUAUGAAAAUACUUUUGGGAUAUCCUCAAGAGAAAUAUUUGAUAGCAUUUACAGAUCAGAAGAGGAAAUCUUGAGUUUUAUCCGUUUCAUGGACUCAAUAUGGAAUAUUUGUGGUAAAGACGUUAUCCAAGCUUUUGACCUUUCUGCAUUCCACACUGUCUAUGAUCUUGGAGGAUGUUCAGGGGGUCUUGCAAAACAAUUUGUAUCUACAUAUAAAGAUUCAACAGUCACCAUUAUGGACCUACCAAAGGUUGUGCAAACAGCUGAGAAACAUUUUGUAACAGAUAAGGAACAACAGAUACAUUUCCUUGAAGGUGACUUCUUUGAUGACCCUAUUCCGGAGGCAGACCUAUUUAUUUUGUCCAGGAUUAUUCAUGACUGGGCAGACGAAAAAUGCAUUGGACUGCUGAGAAAGAUUUACCAGUCUUGUAGAUCUGGAGGUGGAGUGCUGAUUGUUGAAGUCCUUUUAAAUGAAGACAGAAGUGGUCCAGUCAUUUCCCAGAUGUUCUCACUGAACCUUUUGGUCAUGGCAGAAGGCAAGGAACGGACGCCAUCUGAAUAUACAAAGCUCCUUACAGACUCUGGCUUCAGGGACAUUGAAGUCAAAGCAACUGGAAAUAUAUAUAAUGCAAUAUUGGGAAGGAAGUAGGGCUAAAUGUAUAUAUAUUUUUUAAAGCAGUCAUCAAGGUUUUAGUUUUUUU